CAAACUUGCAAGAGAAGAAAAAACAGAAAACAGCACGCGGAAAAUACUUCCCUCUUCUCUCUCCCCACUUGGAAACCCAAAUUUUCUCACCAGUGCUACAAUUUUCCACGCCAGUCGCUUCUCCUUCGUUGAAGCUCCGAUUCAGCAACCAUGGCCGCUGCAAAUGCUCCUAUCACAAUGAGAGAGACCCUAACGUUGGCCAGUAUUGGAAUAAAUACCCAAUUCAUUACGUUUACGCAUGUGACGAUGGAAUCGGACAAGUUCAUUUGCGUUAGAGAAACUGCGCCUCAGAAUAGCAUUGUGAUCGUGGACAUGAACGCGCCUAACCAGCCCCUGAGACGCCCAAUUACUGCCGAUUUGGCGUUGAUGAACCCUAACUCCAGAAUUCUUGCUCUCAAAGCUCAAGUUCAGGGAACUACUCAGGAUCAUUUACAAAUAUUUAACAUUGAAUCAAAGACAAAGAUAAAAUCACAUCAGAUGCCCGAACAGGUUGUCUUUUGUAAGUGGAUAACGCCAAAAAUACUGGGCCUGGUAACACAAACCUCAGUAUAUCAUUGGUCAAUUGAAGGUGAUUCUGAGCCUGUGAAAGUAUUUGAGCGGACAGCCAAUCUGGAAAAUAAUCAAAUAAUCAACUACCGUUGUGAUCCUACUGAAAAGUGGUUGGUUUUAAUCGGGAUUGCUCCUGGCUCACCUGAGAGGCCGCAACUUGUAAAAGGAAAUAUGCAGCUUUUCUCUGUGGAUCAGCAACGUAGUCAGUCUCUUGAAGCACAUGCUGCAUCGUUUGCCACAUUUAAAGUUGCAGGGAAUGAGAAUCCUUCAAUUCUCAUUUGUUUUGCAUCCAGGAGCUUCAAUGCUGGACAAGUUGCAUCAAAGAUGCAUAUUAUUGAACUUGGUGCCCAGCCAGGAAAGCCUUCAUUUACUAAGAAGCAAGCAGAUCUAUUUUUUCCUCCUGAUUUUGCUGACGACUUUCCGGUGUCAAUGCAGAUAUCAGAAAAAUAUGGUUUGAUAUACGUGAUCACAAAGCUAGGUCUUUUAUUUGUCUAUGACCUAGAGACAGCAACUGCAGUUUAUAGAAACCGAAUUAGUCCAGAUCCCAUCUUUCUGACUACAGAAGCUUCAUCUGUUGGGGGCUUUUAUGCUAUCAAUAGGCGUGGGCAGGUGCUGCUUGCAACUGUAAAUGAACAAACAAUUGUCUCUUUUGUUAGUGGUCAGCUAAACAAUUUGGAACUUGCUGUUAGUCUUGCCAAAAGAGGAAACCUUCCUGGUGCAGAAGACCUGGUUGUCCAGCGAUUCCAAGACUUGUUUGCUCAGACAAAGUAUAAGGAGGCUGCAGAGCUUGCUGCAGAAUCUCCACAGGGGAUACUUCGCACUCCUGACACAGUUGCUAAAUUUCAGAGUGUCCCUGUGCAAUCUGGGCAGACACCGCCAUUGUUACAAUACUUUGGAACUUUGUUAACCAGGGUAAAACUAAAUGCUUAUGAAUCAUUGGAAUUAUCCCGUCUAGUUGUGAACCAAAACAAGAAAAAUCUUUUGGAGAAUUGGUUGGCAGAGGACAAGUUUGAAUGUAGCGAAGAGCUUGGAGAUCUUGUGAAGACGGUGGACAAUGAUCUUGCUCUAAAAGUAUACAUUAAAGCCAGGGCAACCCCAAAAGUUGUUGCAGCAUUUGCUGAGAGAAGGGAAUUUGACAAGAUUUUGAUAUACUCAAAGCAGGUUGGAUACGCACCUGAUUACUUGUUCCUUCUGCAAACAAUUUUGCGGUCAGAUCCACAGGGGGCUGUUAAUUUUGCUUUGAUGAUGUCUCAAAUGGAGGGAGGUUGUCCAGUUGACUACAAUACAAUUACAGAUCUCUUCCUUCAGCGGAAUUUGAUUCGUGAGGCGACAGCCUUUUUGCUGGAUGUGCUGAAACCAAAUUUACCUGAACAUGGGUUCCUUCAGACAAAGGUUUUGGAAAUUAAUCUUGUGAUGUUCCCCAAUGUUGCGGAUGCUAUAUUGGCUAAUGGAAUGUUCGGUCACUAUGACCGUCCACGUGUUGCACAACUCUGUGAAAAAGCUGGUUUGUAUUUGCGUGCCUUACAGCACUACUCGGAGUUGCCUGAUAUCAAACGUGUCAUUGUGAAUACGCAUGCCAUUGAACUAUCGGCACUUGUAGAGUUCUUUGGAACCCUUUCCAAAGAAUGGGCUCUAGAGUGCAUGAAGGAUCUUCUAGUCGUCAACCUUCAUGGCAAUCUUCAGAUUAUUGUCCAGAUUUCCAAAGAGUAUUCAGAGCAAUUGGGUGUAGAUGCAUGCAUAAAAUUAUUUGAGCAAUUCAAGUCCUAUGAAGGAUUAUACUUCUUCUUGGGCUCAUAUUUGAGUUCCAGUGAGGAUCCCGAUAUCCACUUCAAGUACAUUGAAGCAGCUGCAAAAACUGGACAAAUUAAGGAAGUGGAACGUGUUACUCGGGAAUCAAACUUCUAUGAUCCAGAAAAGACAAAGAACUUUCUAAUGGAAGCAAAGCUCCCAGAUGCACGCCCUCUGAUUAAUGUCUGUGAUCGUUUUGGUUUUGUUCCAGAUCUUACCCAUCACUUAUACACGAACAACAUGCUUCGAUAUAUUGAAGGUUAUGUUCAAAAGGUCAAUCCAGCAAAUGGCCAUCUUGUCGUAGGACAGCUCCUAGAUGAUGAGUGCCCUGAGGAUUUCAUCAAAGGUCUUAUUCUAUCAGUUCGUUCUCUCCUUCCAGUUGAACCACUAGUGGAGGAAUGUGAAAAGAGGAACCGUCUCCGCUUGCUUACUCAAUUCUUGGAGCAUCUUGUGAGUGAAGGAAGGCAAGAUGUACAUGUUCAUAAUGCUCUGGGUAAAAUCAUAAUUGACAGCAACGACAAUCCAGAGCAUUUUCUCACAACUAACCCAUUUUAUGAUUCUCUUGUUGUUGGUAAAUAUUGUGAGAAAAGGGAUCCCACCCUUGCUGUCGUUGCUUACCAAAGAGGGCAAUGUGAUGAUGAACUAAUAAAUGUAACGAAUAAAAACUCCUUGUUCAAACUUCAAGCAAGGUAUGUGGUGGAAAGAAUGGAUGGUGACCUAUGGGAGAAAGUUCUUAAUCCCGAGAACGAGUAUAGAAGACAGCUUAUUGAUCAAGUUGUAUCUACAGCUCUGUCUGAGAGCAAGAGUCCUGAGCAGGUUUCUGCGGCUGUUAAAGCUUUUAUGACUGCUGACCUUCCACACGAGUUAAUUGAGCUUCUUGAAAAGAUUGUACUUCAAAACUCUGCUUUUAGUGGGAACUCCAAUCUUCAGAAUUUGCUAAUUCUUACUGCCAUCAAGGCUGAUCCAUCCAGAGUUAUGGAUUACGUUAAUAGGUUAGACAAUUUUGAUGGACCUGCAGUUGGAGAGGUGGCUGUGGAAGGACAGUUGUAUGAAGAAGCAUUUGCCAUCUUCAAGAAGUUCAAUUUGAAUGUUCAGGCUGUGAAUGUCCUAUUGGAUAACAUUCGAACCAUUGAGCGAGCUGUAGAAUUUGCAUUCCGCGUUGAAGAGGAUGCUGUUUGGUGCCAGGUGGCUAAGGCCCAACUACGAGAAGGUUUGGUCAGUGAUGCUAUUGAGUCUUUCAUCCGUGCAGAUGAUGUAACCCAGUUUUUGGAUGUCAUACGUGCUGCUGAGGAUGCAAAUGUAUACCAUGACUUAGUGAGAUAUCUCCUGAUGGUAAGGCAGAAAACUAAAGAGCCGAAGGUUGACAGCGAACUCAUCUAUGCAUAUGCAAAGAUUGAUCGGUUGGCUGAGAUUGAAGAGUUAAUUCUUAUGCCAAAUGUUGCUAAUCUCCAAAAUGUUGGAGAUCGUCUGUAUGAUGAAGCAUUAUAUGAAGCAGCUAAGAUCAUAUACUCAUUUAUCUCUAACUGGGCUAAGCUGGCUAUUACUCUUGUCAAGCUAAAGCAAUACCAAAACGCUGUUGACGCAGCUCGAAAAGCCAACAGUGCAAAAACAUGGAAGGAGGUUUGUUUUGCAUGUGUUGAUUCUGAGGAAUUUCGCCUGGCUCAGAUUUGUGGUCUGAAUAUCAUCAUUCAGGUGGACGAUUUGGAAGAAGUCAGCGAGUAUUACCAGAACAGGGGAUACUUUAAUGAGCUCAUUUCUCUGAUGGAAAAUGGCCUAGGAUUGGAACGUGCGCAUAUGGGCAUCUUCACUGAGUUAGGAGUUCUAUAUGCAAGAUACCGUCCUGAGAAGCUCAUGGAGCACAUUAAACUGUUCUCCACCCGUCUUAAUAUUCCCAAGCUUAUACGAGCCUGUGAUGAACAGCAGCACUGGAAGGAACUUACUUAUCUAUACAUCCAGUAUGAUGAAUUUGACUAUGCCGCAACCACCGUUAUGAACCACUCCCCAGAAGCUUGGGACCACAUGCAAUUUAAAGAUGUGGUUGUCAAAGUUGCAAAUGUUGAGCUCCACUACAAGGCUGUACGCUUUUACUUGCAAGAACAUCCUGAUCUUAUAAAUGAUCUUCUAAAUGUGCUUGGUCUUCGUGUAGACCAUAGCCGUGUAGUGGAGAUAAUGCGAAAGGUUGGUCACCUCCGCCUUGUGAAGCCAUACAUGGUUGCAGUUCAGAGUAAUAAUAUUUCUGACGUAAAUGAAGCUCUGAAUGAAAUAUACAUAGAGGAGGAAGACUAUGAUAGAUUACGUGAAUCAAUUGAGCUGCACGACAACUUCGACCAGAUAGGUCUUGCACAGAAGAUUGAGAAGCAUGAGCUUCUUGAAAUGAGGCGUGUUGCUGCUUAUAUUUACAAGAAAGCUGGAAGAUGGAAGCAGUCUAUUGCCUUGUCAAAGAAAGACAAUCUUUAUAAAGACGCCAUGGAGACCUGCUCACAGUCUGGUGAUCGUGAACUUUCAGAGGACUUGCUUAUCUAUUUUAUCGAGCAGGGAAAGAAAGAGUGUUUUGCAUCAUGCCUCUUUGUUUGUUACGAUUUGAUCCGGCCAGAUGUUGUCCUUGAGCUAACAUGGCUGAACAAUAUGAUCGAAUUUGCCUUCCCAUAUCUCUUGCAGUUUAUUCGAGAAUAUACAAGCAAGGUGGAUGAACUCAUCAAGGACAAAAUUGAAGCACAAAAUGAGUUGAAAGCUAAAGGGAGGGAGGAGAAGGAAGUAGCUGCUCAACAUAACAUGUACGCCCAGUUGCUGCCUGCUUUACCUGCACCAUCAGGAAUGGGUGGAGGCUUUGCGCCACCGCCAUCUGUGCCAAUGGGAGGAGUGGGGAUCCCAGGUUUUAAUAUGCCACCAAUGGGCUCCUUCUAAUGAGAUUUUGCAGUGACAAUUUUAGAUUCAGAGAGUUAGAAAGAGUAGCAUCUGGUACCAGUCAAAUUCCAAACAUUCCCCUCAAUUUUAUUUUUAACUCUGAGGUUCCUUCUAGUGGGAACAAUGUGGGAUAGUGCUUAGUGUUGGCUUUGACGAUAGUAGGUGCCUUAGAUAGGAUUCUGGUUAUAUUUUUUCUUCGGGUUACUUUGGCUCGGGCUUGCUACUUUUUGUUCGCUAGCCGAUGCUGAGCCGAGAAAUUGCUGUUGUAGAGAUCUUCAUGAAUCGUAGGAUGGCAAAUCAUGGAUGCGGUUGUAGCAAACUUGCCUCGUGUAUAGGUCAUUUUGAUCAUGUUAAUAAGCUCCUAUGUAUUCUGUCUUCGAAAAUUUUAAACUAACCAUCUUGCCCCUGAUAUGCAACGGGAUUUUCUGUCAAAUUUUGUUUUUUUUCCCUAUUCUUGCGUUGCGAUUUCUUCAGUCACAGAUGGCCUUUAAGGAGUUUAUUGUUGGCCGUGAGAAUAUUUCUCUGUGCAAAGCCUUUUUAAAAAAUGAUUAUUUUGAUAAGCGAGUUCGAAGCUUCUCUUUGAUUAGUGA